AUGCUGCCAAGUAAGAGGGGUGCUGAUGAUCUUACAAGAUUCUCAGCUGAUAAUAAAAGAAAUUGCAGUGGAGAAGAGGCAACUGACUUGUCGAUUUCAGAUAUCUGGAGUGAGCUGAGUGAGGAAGUUGCAUCAAAGUUGUCUAGAAGUGUUGUCUCAAUUGCUUUGUCCAAUGGACAAAGUGUGCUAUAUGCAUCCUCUGGCAUAGUUAUAGAACGCCAGUGUAACUUCACAAAGUUUGUGACUUCAGCAAGUUUGGUUAGAGCUUUACAUGAUUCUGAAGCAAAUGGCCAUGAUAAGCUUGAGAUUGAAGUACGCCAUGAAGGAAAUGUUGCCAUAGGGUUUCUGGAAGACUAUGAUUUGGAUCAUGAAAUUGCUGUUGUCAAAGUCAUGUCCGUCCUUGAUGUUUAUUGCAUGCCUCAAUCAUCAGGUGCAAUUUGA